AUGGAUGUGAACUUUGAUGAGGGAGUGGAACUCGAGGUGAACCUGCGAUAUGAGAGGUUGGUAGGAUACUGUCGUCGAGAUGUCCCACCAAGGUGGCAGAGAUGGAAACUAAGGAACUCGAGGUCUCGAAACCUGAGCAAGGUCAUCAAGCUCAGAGUUACAAAGGAGCUUUGGAAACUGAAGGUGAAGCUUCUAAGGUUCAGGAAGGUGGAGAGGAGUUUCGAAACAAACGUAAGGGAAUAUCUAAGGAAAGACAAGGGCCAUAUAAGGAAGCAGGAUCCUUUCGACAAGGCGGGGUUAACUGAGGUUAUAAGGCGUGUAAUUCUCGGGGAUAUGGAGAAGGAUCAUCUCGCCAUGGUGUACAGUCUGGUUACGCGAUUAGAACUAGAGGUUUACGGCAUUUGA